CGUUUUAAAAACAUAUUCGGGUAACGUUACCCCCACCCCCAAUGCGCUUGCCCGUAAGAAGACGUUAUUCGCUGUCAAAAUAAAAUGAUUGGCAAAUGACAUUGAUUAUUGGUGUAGCAUUAAAAUAAAUUGGAUAUUUCUGCACCUUGUAGUAAGUACACUCAUCGUUUGUUGAAGUGUCUGUUAAACAGACCUCGAUAUGCAAGCGUGAAACUGGAAACAUGAAUACAUAAUGAUACUCCUACCCUAAGCACAUAUCUAGAUAUAUAUAUAUACUUGUAAUGACAGCAACCCACCAGGUGAUGCGUUUUUCAGUUUUCUGACAAUGCUUGACCAUCUUUUUUUGGCAUGGAAAGGGUUUGGAUCAAACCGUCCAGGUUAUUGUAGUGGAACAUUUUUAAUAGUCAUAAUCAUUUUGUCGACUUGGCUUUGUGGUAUUCACGCCAGUCUAAGUUUAGGACCAGGCGGGGAUUUUCCUGGAUUUUAUGAUUUCAUCUUCUACGCCUUCAGUAAUGAAGAGUUAACCUCAUUUCUCUACAACCUUACACUGCUGCUGUGGCUUGGGCCCUGUCAGGAGAGAAGAUGGGGCACUUUUGUCUUUCUAGCCCUCUCUUUUAUCUCCACUGUGCUCCUUCCUCCUAUUUAUGCCCUCUUUCUCUUUGUUACCGGGGAUGAAGCCAGCAGGGUCAGUGGAUACUCAGCCACCCACCUUGCCCUGCUCACAGCUCAGUGUCGGCAGGUGAAGCAGAGGAGAGUCCUGCGCUUUGUUCCAGUCUGGUUCUUCCCUUGGCUCCUCUUGAUCCUCAUCCUCUUCCUGCUUCCCAGUGUUCCUGGCCUGCUGCACUUUUAUGCCAUUUGCCUGGGACUCAACUACAAUAAUGAGCUUAUUGAAAUACUGGAGCAGAUAGAGAAACUGGGUGCUUGUGCCUGCUUGCCAAAAUGGGCCUACAUCCCUGUUACCUCUCAUCCACACCUGCCAGUUUACCACAGCACCUCAAUAAGGCCAGUGCCAUUGACUGAGCCAUCAACCAGUAGAUCUCAAUUGAAAGAUCAUUCAGCAUGGCAGCAUUCUGUAUCUGAGUGGCAUCAGGAGCCUUUAAUGGCAACCGAUUCACAGUUGUUAGAGGAGAAAAUGCUGAGAGCAGGGAUAUUAGCAUCACUCCACGAUGCACCCGAGGGUGUAGCGGACAAAGUGGAAGUACCCAAGUCCUCAGUAUCCUCUUUACGGUUGCAACAGCUAGAGAAGAUGGGCUUCCCCACAGAGAAAGCUGUUGUGGCUCUGGCCGCUACAGGGCAGCUGGAUGGAGCAAUCUCUCUGCUUAUUGAUGAUCAGAUUGGGGAGGAGGCCGUGGUCAUCUCAAAAGGAAAGAAGUCAUCAUCAGCGUCAUAGCUCAGGGAUACUGCUUCAAUUUAAAGCUGAUAGCAUUGCCCUUACUCAUUCCAUUACUUAAAGGGAUACUCCACCCCAAAAUGAAAAUUUUGUCAUUAAUCACUUACCCCCAUGUCGUUCCAA